AUGGAACAACGAGGCAUGGCUUACGCCGCACAGGAGAGGAGGCGUGUUGAAGAUGCAUAUGUCCAAGGCCUUCGGAAGCUGGCUAGUAGAGGACCUCGAGAUGCAUCUGCUGAGCUUGGUAUAUUUCGGACACCAUGGCAGAACAUAGUCGGGUCGAUGGAGUCACUGGCGGAUUCACACAAUACAUUGGUGCAAAGGAUCGAAGCAGACGUGGAACGGCCAUUGAAAGAUUAUCAAACGAAGAGUCGAGAAAUGCAAGCCAUUAGCACUAUCCAAGGGAAUCUAUCGUCCAUGGCAAAGGAGGUGGAGAGCGCGCAAAGGAAGGUCGCGAAGCUUAGCGGCAGCAAAUCUUCAGCUAACAAGGUAGCAAAUGCGACGUCGGAUGUGGAAGCUGCAAAUCAGCAAUGGCAGUCUCAAGCGCCAUACGUGUUUGAAUCAUUGCAAGCUUUGGACGAGAGCAGGGUCAAUCAUCUGCGAGAUGUCUUAACCCAGCUUGAGACACAUGAGGCGGAUCAAGUGGAACGAAGUCGGACUACUGCAGAGAGCUGCCUGAAUUCCAUAUUGAACAUUAGGACAGAGGAAGAGAUUUCCGCCUUCGUAGCGAGACAGACUGCCAAUGCGCCCGCGGCAUCUGAGUCGCAACCGAGUCGUGAUAGGGCUGGAAGCAACGCGGCUGGUCGAGGUCCUCCUUCUGAACUACCGGCGACAAACGCCACUCCAUCUCGAAGACAACCCGAUGAAAGCGCUGGGGCGAGCCCUUACUCUACAGCUUCGAAGACGGGUAUGGAUAAUCAUGAGAACUGGGUCUACAGUGAUUUCGCUAACCAAGUAGUAGGACCCCCUCCUCCAGCACGGAAAGGCUUCGGAUUGAGACGCCUUGGGACCGUACUAGGAGGACGAGACAAAGGUUCCAAACUCACAGAACGACCUCCAUCCCCAGAGAAGCGCUUUCGACCAAGCCGCAACCCGUUGCGUCGAGGGCCAUCCUCAAAUAUGCAACAGAUAGACUCACCGCCGCAAACUUCUAGUUCAAAUAUGCCUCCUCAGCCACCUCAACUACGCAACCCACUCGUUGAGGCAUCUAAUGAUGAUACUACCGAUCGUCCCUUACGCACCCCUCAAGCACAGAGAGAAUAUACUGAGCCCUUGCCGGGUCCAGUGCCACUACCACCGCGAGGAUCAAGUAUACCGAUGACGAAUGGCGUUCAGGCCAGCAGGGAGAACAUUGCUCCGCAGGACCUCAUGCCGCCAGUCCAACGUGAGCAGAGCAUGCCGACUCAACGCGAUGCUGAAGGCUACAGUGUGCCUCCUAAUGCGGUAGAUGAUAUUACUCGAGCACAACAAGAAGCAGCGGCUGCUGGGUAUGUGCUUACCCCUUGCUCUAGGUAUGUCUUGCUGACCAGUAGUAGCGAAGCGGAUCAAUCGCAAUUCAAACUGAAUAUACGUGAUGCACCGUUGCGAGAAGAAGACUCAGCUGCGCAACAAUCAGCCUUUUCAACGGUUGCAAAUACGCUUCGUUCCCAAGCUGUCACGCCGCGUAAACAAGGUACAUUACGAGGUCGGCGUGAUGUCAGGAAUACUGUCUUUGUUCCCUCGGGGCAAUCCCUCGAGAGUGCAGGUCUUGGAGGGCUCAAUGCGCCGACUCCACCAUCUCAGGCAACUAUUACUCCUCCAUUGCCCGCGGAUGGCUUUCGAGGAUCAGACGCACAGUCAGUUCGUUCGGCUCACUCAUUGGGCAGUACCGCGGCUACUGUAUUAGGUAGGAAUGCAUCGUCAGUCAUUGCUCAUCCAGAGAUGCAUCAGCCUGGGUUGAACGCAUCAAUUGUCGAAUCCGUUAGCGCAACAUUCUCCCAUGGCCAGGUGACAAAGGCUGUCGUCAUUGGAGAGAUAGCGCUGCAAAACAAUGCUGAUGAUCCCGCGUCGUCGUCUUCAGGGGAGAAGAAUGUACGGCUCGAGAAUUUCGCUGUGCUGGAAAAAGUAGCUCCUAACCCGACUUUCAUCUCACAAAGAGAAUCAGCACCUGGUGAGUACAGUGUCAACUGUGCACACGCUCCGUCACCUACAGUGGCAUUCAAAUAUCAGUUACACCUGGACGAUUCCAACCUUGGUGUCCAUGCUCCGCUUUCGUUCACACCAAUCUGGAAAAUUGAACCAACGCAGGCUUCAGUGAUCCUAUCCUAUAAUCUCAACUUGUCGUCAUUAGCUUCAAGCCAGGGCUCACUUUCCCUCCAAAACUUGAUCAUUUUCAUCAGCAUUGAAAGGACGAAGGCAAACAGCUGUCAAUCGAAACCGGCUGGUAUAUUCUCGAAGGAGAAAUCGCUAAUCUAUUGGAAGAUCGGCGAUAUCGCUCUCUGGGGCGCUUCUGAUCCGCCUCAGAAGCUUCUUGCUCGCUUCAGCACUGAGGGGGAGGCGGAGCCUGGAACUGUGGAGGCCAGGUGGGAGAUCAGCGGCGAGCAGGCUACUACAGCGGGUAGUGGCUUAGGGAUCAGCAUUGGAAGCAGCAGCAAGGAGGACAAAGGUAGUAGCAGCGAUCCCUUCGCGGACGAGGACACAACAACAGCGACGAGCGGGCUGUGGAAGAGUGCGCCAAUCACGAGAAAGAUCAUCAGUGGGAGGUAUGUGGCAUCAUGA